UUUCAGGGAAAUGAACUCAGACGGAUUACGGGAAGCGGAGGAAGGGAGAACAAGUGGAGGAGCAUCUCCCCGUGAAGAAUCUCCAGCCGCUGAUCAUUCGCACGAUCCGAAAAAGGGACUUCAUUUGUACAAUGUUCUCGGCAUUCAGAAAAAUGCCACAGAUGACGAAAUCAAAAAAGCGUAUCGCAAACUAGCCCUCCGCUAUCAUCCCGACAAAAACCUAGAUGGAGAUCCGGAAAAAACGGAAAUGUUCAAAGAAAUCAACUACGCAAAUGCAGUGCUCUCAAAUCCAAAUAAACGUCGUGUCUAUGACGAGAUGGGAGAGACCGGGCUGAAACUGAUGGAGCAGUUUGGAGAGGAUGAGAAGAUUCUGCAGUGGAUGUUGAAGCCUUGGUUCAAAUGGACAUUUUUCGCGUUCGGACUUCUCACGGGUGGCUUCUUCUGCUGCUGUUGUGGUUGUAUGUGUUGUUGUCAAUGCUGUUGCAAUUUCUGUUGUGGAAAGUACAAGCCGAAGCACGAUGAUGAGUUUGCCGAUGAGACGUCGGACGGAGAUGUGAUUGUUGAUCAACCGACAGCUUCCGAGCCAAUGCCAGAUACGAAUAACAGACAGGUGCCGAUUGUGAUUGCCAUGCCUCCACCGCCUUCUCAAAAAGACUAGUUGGUUUACUGAAUCAGAUUUUUAUAUUUUCAUAUUUUUGUUUCUCGUUCAUUUUUCUCCCCUUUUCUCCCCCUCCCCUGCAGCAUCAUCACCAAUUUUCCAUUGUUGGAAAAUACUUUUCUAGUUAUUCGUUGCACACAAAUUUUGUUUUCACUCUUUCCCACUUUACCCCGUUGUUACGAUUAUUGGUACUGAUGAGUUUAUUUCACACUAAUUUCACUUUAAAAAUAAAUUCGAACCUAUUGCUCAUGCUCUUUCUUUCCUUCCCGCCUCGAUUCCCAUAUUUGUGUGCUGUAUUUUUUUUUGUGUAACGGUUUUCUUUCUCCACUCCCUUGACUUAUAUAAUUUUUAAAAAAUCAUUUUCAAUCAGAAAUUCCAAACUCCAACUGUGAAUAUGCCAAUAUGUGUAUUUGUCUUCUCAAUAUCGCCAAAAACAGUGAUAAAACUGAUAAAACUUCAUAUUUUGAUUUGAAUAAAAAUUAUAUUAUAAAUAAAAAAUUUUAUCUGAAAAUAAA